AUGGGUUUUGCUUGUACGGAGUGGGGUAGAUACGCGCUUUAUUUAUGGAGGUUAGAAUUCAACCACAUCCUUACAAUUCGGCAGUAUUCCAUUGUUCCCUGCAACAAACUGCGUCAAUUUGUUGCUAACGAACGCGAUGACUGAUGUUGACACUGCUGACGCGCUAUUGGGCGAUGAUAGCGAUGAUCGUGAAGAUUAUGACUUGGGCAAAGAGGAAGAAGCUAAACUUCUGUAUGGGGACGAUGGCGAGGAAGAUUGGAAGGCUGAAUUACUAGAAGAAGAGGAACAGGAAGAUAAUCAUCGUGAUAAAUUUGCAAGUGAAAGAACACAACAGCAGAUAGAUGCACAUGAAGCAACUGUACAGAAUAGAAACAAUAGCAGUAAUAGAGACAGUUAUCAACAUAGGUUUAACAGAGGUAGGGGAGGUGGAGGAAGAGGUACUGGCAGGGGUAGGGGAAGAGGAUACAAUAAUGGAUUAAGGAUAGGUUCUGGGAAGUGCUAUGUGAAUCCAACCUUUCUGCAAGGUGUGAAAAAGCCUGUACAGUCUGUACAACCAUGGCAGAAUCCAUCUAGGGAUUAUGAACCAGAGCGAACUGUCACUACUGCACCUUUUGUGGGGCAACAGAGGUUUCACCAUCAGCCACAGCAACAACAUCCAGAACAAUGUCAACCUCAAUAUAAUCAAAUGGGAAUGAAUAACCAACAAUUUGGUCCGCCUAUGAAUCAAAAUAAUUGGCAACCAACACAACAGUUUCAUCAACCAGUGCAACAACACCAACAAAACCAUUGUGACGGAUCUAUGCAACCUAUGCAACCAUCUUAUCAACCUCCUAUUCAACAAAAUCAUCAAUACAAUCAGUUCCCUUGUCAACCACAUCAACAGCAUCAACAUCAACACCAUCAACCAUCUCCACAACAACAAUAUCCUUAUGAGUUUAACCAACCUCAGCAACCAUUAAACUAUCAACACCAAAUUCCACAACAACAUGUUGCACCAAUGUAUAACCAGAAUCAACAACCCGUGCAAAAUAUGCACAUGCAUCAUAAUCCUCAACAACAUCCACAACAACAAAUGACACCGUAUUUUGACUCGUAUCCACAAAAUCACAACAUGAAUCAGAAUCAUCCACCAGUUCAUCAGAAUACUGGUUUUAAUCCGCCACCGCAACCUCCACCUCCUCAGAGACCUGCGUUGCUACAACGUCCUCAGCAACCACCGCUGAUGUUGACACAUGAGGGAGGACAGUUCUUUCCACGGCAGCAGCAUUUCCAGAAACAUUGCGCCAAUUUUAAGCCGCAACAUCAAAACUUUCACAAUAAUCAGAGUCAACAAUUUCGGCCGAGGGCACACCAACAGCAGUUCAGGCCGAAUUUUCAUCAGAAUCAAACACAGUUUACUCCUAGAGGUAAUUAUCGAGGAAGUUAUAAUACUCGCCCGUUACUCAAACGCCGGAAUGAUAAUUGGCGAGAAGAUUACAAUAAUACCGAGUAUACAAAGCGACGGAACUGGAAUAAUUAUAAUGAACAUCAUGAAGAAGAAAAUCAAGAGGAAUAUUACGAAGAAGAAGAAGAAGAACAACCGCAGCAACAAGAAGAGGAGGAAAAUGCAACUGUUACUUAUAAAGAAGACCCAACGCCAGAAAUCGAAGAAGAUGAAGAAACCAAAGCCUACCGCUUAAAAAUAGAAGAACAGAAGCGUCUACGUGAAGAAAUUCUAGCCGAAAAGGAGCGUAAGCGCAAAAUAGCUAUCAUGAAGAAAAACGGUGAGGUUUGCGACAUACCUACUCUGGAAGCUUCCCUCCAAAAGAACAGCAACGCCCAAAGUUAAUCACAAGAGUAUCCGGUAACAAUCCUAACCUACGAGUGUUAACGCGAUCUGACGGUGAGAAGGUGCAACUCACCACUGGAACAAGCGCCGCGCUAAACGCAAUACCAACAAUUACUAAAGUUAGGAUUAAGCAAGGAGUUGCGCCUACGAAAGCGCCCCCAACAUCGCCAACGCCCAAGUUGACUACUGGUUUCCUAUCGACUCGUACAGUCAUCGCUAAGGAUAAUUCGCUAUUGGAUACGCCGGUUGUCGUCGUGCGGAAUUUGGCCGCCAGUAGCAGCGAGCCGCAACUGAGAAAGCUGUGUCAGGGCGUUGGGCUCGUUCAGGUAAGAGAAUAAUAGGACAUAGUUUUUCAGUUUACCACAUUUAUGCAAUACAAUCACUAGAUUUUUACUUUAUUUUGAGUUUACUUUGCCGUGACGUUCAAUUAUUUCGAAUCUCGUAAUCUGUGAUGAUAAAUAUAACCUAGUGAGGCAAUGAGCAAGAUAUUUUUGAGCAUUUUUACACAUUUUAUUAGUUAAAAGGUUAUGUAGCUUUCUAAGCAGCGCCUAAGUUACAAAGAGAGUUGAAAUUUAUAUUUUUAUAGUAAUUUUUAUUAACGUUGUAGAACCAAAGCGUUGCUAUAUGACAAAAAACGAUUGUGCCUUUUGUGGAGGCUGUGAAUGUUUCAUGACUAUUCACCUUUUGAACCAUUAGGUGUCGCUUUAUGACAAUUGUACCGACCGAUUUAACCUCAUUUGGUCAGUGCUGAUUACAGGGUUAUUUGAGUUAUUUGAUUUAUAGGCGAAUAGCAAACGAAUGACUUACAAUUUAAAAGUCGGAAUAUCAAAUUUUGAAAAAUACGUUUUUUUAGUAUUAUAACCUCAAACCUCAUGAAUUUACGAACACACAAACAAUGAUACCAAUGAUGAGUGCCAUAAAAUAUUUUUUUAUAAUAAUUAUAAAAAUGUCAUAUAUUUGAACUACCAGAAGUAAUUAAUUGCAUUAUAUUUGCAAUCAUGUAUAGUCAUGAGUAAAUACGAACUUUCUGAUUCGUACGUUUUACCGCAGACGCUACUUAAGACGAAGUAUAGAUAUGAAUAAAGUACAGUAUUCUCCAUACGCUUAAAAGAAGUAAUUUAUAAACGUUAAAAUGUACAAGUUUAAUAUUAUUUUCAGAUAUUAUAUCGACUUGUUAACUAUUUACUACAAAACUAACCAAAAAGCGCGAUUUUGAUUUAACCGUUAAGAUUUUUAUACGAAAGACCAGAAUGGUUCUGUUCUUAUUUGAAGUUUAUAAUGCUGUUAACGUUUCUAAUGAUAUUUUGUAACAUUUAUUGACUUAAAUUUGUACCUGUUGCUAUCUGAUCUUAUUGAUUUUGUGUUCAUAGUUGUGUUUUUAUAGUAUUUUUGCUAGAGUUUAAUAAUUGUAAGGAUGUUGAAAGAUAUCGGGACGGUCGUGACAAUACAAAAUGUUUGCUUUUCAGAACCUCGAAAUGUCGUCAAAGGAGCGACAGGCAAAGAUUCGCUUUAAGAGCGUCGCUUCGGCGCACGCUUUCUAUAAGAAAUACCAACGCCACAUGCUCGAUCUGUCAAUGAUUCAAGUCGAGCUCGUUCCCGAUAAAAUAUCGGCAGUUUAAACGAUUUUCAAGAUGGCGGUCACGAUAUUACCCACUAACUUAACUAAAUAAGACUAUAUACAUAUAUAUGUAGGUAAUAAUCAUGGAUAGGGUCAAGUUUUACCUGAAUGUAAUCUUUAGUAAUUUUAUUGAAUCUAUUGAAUUAAUUUCGAAAAUUUACUUUAUAUUUGAUGAGAUUUUUUACUGUACAGUGUUUUGCAACUGUGUUUGCAGCUUUUAAGCUAUUAUGCUAUUUUGAUUUGUAACGCGCACUUUAUGUUCAAUAUCGUUUAGUACGUAAAAUGAAGAUGAAAUAAUGAUAAUACACACUUUUUAAAGAA